AUGAGAGUCGAUGACUUGGUGUUCCAAGUGCUGAUGAUUAUUGUUAUUAUGGAAGUUGGCGUGGCUGCAAGAGUUUCUUUGGUCCAGGGAGUGGUGGUGGAGGAGGAGUUAGUGGAGGAGCUGGACAUGGGGACCGGUUUUGGAGCUGGGGUUGGUGGUGUAGGUGGUUGUGGACCAAUAAGAGGUGGAAGUGGAAGUGGAGGUGGAGAUGGGAUGGGUGGAGGGUCUAGUUAUGGUGCUGGUAGUGGCGUUGGAGGUGGCAGUGGCGGUGUUGAUGGUAAAGAGGGUGGAGGCCACGGAGGUGGUGGUGGACGUAGCAUGGAUGGAGGUUAUGGACAUGGUAGCGGAUUUGGUGUUGGUGUUGGUGUUGGUGAUGAUGGAAGCAAAGAAAGUGGUGGCUUUGAAGGAGGAGGUGGGGGUGGGAUUAGAGGUGGUACUUUUGGUGAAGGUUCCGGUCAUGGUAGUGGCUUUGGUGCUGGAAGUGGCCUGAGAGGCAAGGGAGGAGGGGAAGGUGGUGGCGGUGGUGGUGGUUUUGGUAGAGGGUUUGGUUAUGGAAGUGGCUUUGGUAUGGGUGGUGGCAUAGGAGGAGGAGGAGAAGGAGGUGGUGGUAGUGGUGGUGGCUGGGGUGGCGGCAAAAACAAUGACAACAAUGAUGGUAAAGCUUUUGGUGAAGAAUCUGGAUACGGUGAAGGUAGUGGAUUUGGUGCAGGUGGGGGUUCCAAUACUAAUACUGGUAGUGGUAGCAUAGGAAAUGGUAUCGGCAAUAGUGGAGGCUCAAGGCAGAGCAGUGGCAAAGGUUUCGGUGGCAAUAAUGGUAUUGGCAUAGGAUUUGGGAUGGGCAUUGGAUUUGGGUUUGGCAUGGGAAGUGGGAGAGGUAAUGGUAGCAACGGCGAUGACGGUGACAGUGGAAGUGGAGGUGGAGAAGAGGUUCACAAUAAUGUCAAUGAUAAUGAACUCUAA